CUGCAGCUUCAGGAUGGACCCGCUCUUCCCUGCCCAUAUUUUUGAAGACCCCGACCUGAGGAAGCUGCUGAACGACUCCUCCAUGCUCAACCUGAGCUUUCUGCCCAGCAACUGGUUCAACAACAGCACAGGGGACGGUUUCCUGCCGCUCAGCAUCAAGAUCACCAUCGUGGUCGUCUACUCCAUCGUGUGCAUCGUGGGGCUGGUGGGCAACUGCUCCGUCAUGUAUGUGAUCGUCAGAUUCACCAAGAUGAAGACAGCCACCAACAUUUACAUCUUUAACCUCGCUCUGGCUGACACCCUSUGCCUGAUGACCUUGCCCUUCCAGGGAACAGACACAUUCCUGGGCUUCUGGCCCUUCGGCAACGUCCUGUGCAAGAUCGCCAUCUCCAUCGACUACUACAACAUGUUCACCAGCACCUUCACGCUGACCAUGAUGAGCGUGGACCGCUACAUCGCCAUCUGCCACCCCAUCAAAGCCCUGGACAUCCGCACGCCCCACAAGGCCAAGGUGGUCAAUGUUUGCAUCUGGGCACUGGCUUCUCUCUUCGGCAUCCCGGCCAUGGUGAUGGGAUCUGCGGAGAACGAGAACAACGAGAUCGAUUGCCUGAUUAAGCUCCCUUCCCCUGUGGACUACUGGGACCCGGUGUUUGGCAUCUGCGUCUUUCUCUUCUCCUUCAUGAUCCCCGUGCUGAUCAUCACCAUUUGCUACAGCCUCAUGAUCAGGCGGCUCAAGAACGUGCGCGUGCUCUCGGGCUCCAAGGAGAAGGACCGCAACCUGCGGCGCAUCACCCGCAUGGUGCUGGUGGUGGUGGCAGUCUUCAUCGUCUGCUGGACUCCCAUCCAGAUUUUCGUGCUGGUGCAGUGCUUGGGCGCCAAGGCGGAGAGCGAGCUGGAGCUGGCCAUCUCCUGCUUCUGCACCGCGCUGGGCUAYGCCAACAGCAGCCUGAACCCCGUGCUCUACGCCUUCCUGGAUGAGAACUUCAAGGCGUGCUUCAAGAAGUUCUGCUUCCCCAGCGCCUUCAGGACGGAGCUCCAGAUGUCCAACAGGAUGUGCAGCAUCGCCAAGGAUGUGGCCUACGCCUGCAAGAACUCGGAGGGGACUAACAAUCCGGCAUGACUAGGCAUGGAAAUCCCCAUGGCGGCUGUCGCCCAGCAGAGUCCGACCACCCCCACGUCAGAACUGACUCAGAUAACGGCCCUUUAGCAGGACCUCGGAACUGAGAGGUGAGAAACCGACCAAACAAUUUCGGGGGUUGGGAAAACCGGAUUCUGCGGGAGCACGCAAAAUCAGCCCAAUCUGAUGUGWUUUUAAUCCCAGUGCAUCCUGCACUAAGGAACGUGUUUGAAAUCAGCCCGUUGAUUCCUGUGAAACAUUGUUGAGAGUUUGGGAAUCGAGGGUUUAAAAUAGGCAUCGCUCCUGGGGCUUACCCUUCUGCUGCUGGGAGACGGGCAGGAUGUGAACUCUUGCGUUGCUUAUUUCCUCCCUGAGUGGRGAUGUUAACAGCUCGCGUGGCUCACCAGGCGCUCGUGUGAGGGUUUUGCUCCUGUGCCAUCGYGCUGAAAUCAGACUUUGCUGCAGCCAAAGCGGGCAGGAGCCAUCAGACAAAACCCAAGAUCAUCUCCAGGAUGAGUCAUCGUGCAGGGAAGGAUGCGGGGAGGGAGAGGAGGGAGCUGACGGGAGGAGAAAUUCAAACUGCCUUGGGAGGACAGMGCCAGCUCCUGCAGAUGGGAUCUGCAGCAAAACCCCCCUCUCAGAGGGGAGCAGAGGGGAGAAGGGACUGUCAGAACUGAUGAUGUAACUCCAAARAGGAGGAAGAGAAAAGACAGAGGAAAUUAUCACAGUUCCUCAUUUACAUGCUGCUAUUACUAUUUUUUUUUUUAAUUUAAACUCUGUAUUUCCAGUGUAAUACUGGACAGAAUGUGUCUGUAUAUACAUGUCUGUAGUGGAACAAGUGCAAAUACAUGGUAGGAUUUCACGUUGCCAAGCAUGCCUUGGGCAUCUUCCUCAGUGAGAGGAGGAAGGAAUGAAGUUGCCUAUAGACACGUGAAUUUAUGUGCAGGGGAAAGCCAUUUUGGAGAAGUCAGAAUGGCAGCUCUUCCAGAAGACACGGACAUUCCUGGUGGGAGGACGCAGCUUAAACCAGUCCCACCCACUCCACAUGGGAUAAACGGGGCACAAACCAUACAAAAAGUGUGGUUCUCUGGUUUGUUUCAUUAUUUUUUUUAACUGGAAAGAGAUCCACGUUGCUGAGAGCAUGUGGGAAAUGCUGCCCAGGUACCACCCCUCCUGCCAACCACGGACUGAUUUUCCUCUCCCAGAGCAGGCCAGAGCUUUGUGGAAAAUGAAAUGUCCUGUCAUUUCAGUCAGUGACAAAAGCUUCCCCAAAGAGUUUCACCACCGAGUGCCCUCCAUGCUGGGGAGGGCAGCAGGCUGGGAUUCUCCCUGUAGCACAACAGCCCAGUGGGCAAUGGUGGCCAGUGGUGCUGAUGGGGGAGCAAAGCACCAACCUCCCCCUGGAGAUGGGAGGUCAAUUCCAACGUGAGAACCAGCAGCAUCRUCCAGACUGUACAGAUUCCAUGUGAUUAUACUUCUUGUGCCCUGGUCUAUGAGAUUCUGUAUUUUUAAUGUAUUGAUUUGCCAAUAUUUUAAUGCUGUCGUGUUCUUUAUAUAUGCUGUACAAAGGAAUCGGAUGUUAUAUUUCUAUGUAGARUGUUUCCCUCAUGGCUGGGCUUAAAAUAUAGAUGCAAUUCCAGCGUAGGACCCAGAUCCCUUGUGAGCUGCUCAAGCUGGGAGGAUUUUGAUGCUGAUUAUCAUUUGAUUGGGAAUCUGGAYGGAUACCAGAGCAAACUUUGCAAUUAGCACUUCCCCUGACCGAUCUGGAGGGAGGAGGAAAUCUGGGCACUUUAAGCACUUUGUAGUGGAUGUUAAUCCCCAAGCCCUCACCAGGAAAUCUCAUAUAAACCCCAGGCAUGUGAAGAACAACUCCUUGAGAGCUGUGCUGCUGGCAARCUGCAUCCAUGCCUUUGGAAAAAUUGGGUUUGGUGGGAUGUAAUUUGUGGAUAAAUAACAGCGUUGGGCAGUGAGUGACCUUGGGUCUGCUCAACCCCUCAGCCAUGGRAUGGUCUGGUGGGGUCUGGGAAUGGUUUGGGCUGAAGCUGGGAACUGAUUCCUGGGCUGCUCUUACCCUUAGGGASCAGGAGAGCAUUCAUGAGUGGCUGGC